AUGACUGUGUUGAGUCCACUGGGACAAUCUAUUAGGGUGAAUAAGUUGUUCAGAGAUGUGCCCUUAGAGGUUCAAAGGGUGGUCUUUCCGGCAGAUUUGAUGGAACUGUCGUUUGGGGAAUUUGCUAUUUUAUUGGGCAUGGAUUGGCUAGUGAAGCACCGUACGAAAUUAGAUUGUGCUGCUAAACGUGUGGUGUUGAAGUCUAUGGAGGAUGAGAAGGUGAAUAUGAUAGAGGAACGAAGGGAUUAUCUGUCUAAUGUGAUUUUUGCGUUAAGGGCCGAGAAACUAGUUCGCAAGGGUUGUGAGGCGUUCCUGGCUUGUGUUAAUAUUUCUGAAUCUAAAGGUCUUUUUGUUGGGGAUGUCAGAACUGUUAAGGAGUUUUUGGAUGUAUUUCCUGAAGAGCUUCCGGGGUUGCCUCCAGACUGUGAGGUUGAAUUCGGCAUUGAGCUCCUAGCAAGAACAGCUCCGGUGUCCAUUGGCCUUUAUAGGAUAGCACCGAAGGAACUGGUGGAGUUAAAGGCUCAAAUUCAAGAGCUACUGGACCCAGGAUUCAUUCGACCGAGUGUGUCUACAUGGGGAGCACUAGUGUUGUUUGUGAAGAAGAAGGACGGAUCGAUGCGCACGUGCUUCGAUUAUCGUCAAUUGAACAAAUUGACUAAACCACCAAAGACAGUAUCUGAGAUUCGAAGCUUUCUGGGUCUGGCUGGGGAUUACAAACGUUUUGCUGAAGGAUUUUCAUUGAUUGCUACACCUCUAACUAAGUUACUGCGUAAAGGGGUACCGUUCAAUUGGAUUGAUAAACAGCAAGAGAGUUUUGAGAAACUGAAGGAUGUUUUGACUAAGGCCCCUGUUUUGAUACAGCCGAAGUCUGGGAAGGAAACUACUGUCUACAGUAAUGCGUCGCACAUUGGAUUAGGUUAUGUGUUGAUGCAAGAGGGUAAGGUGAAACCGACUUGGACUGAUCAAAUUAAGAUGAAACAGUUACUGGAUGAGUCGUUAGUUCCUCAUUUUCGACAAGUCAAGAAUGGUGAGACUAUAGAUUUUGGGCUGAAUAGUGAAAGAGUGUUGUGUUUCCGUGGAAGAGUGUGUAUACCGAUGGAUUCUGAUAUGAGACAGUCUAUACUACAAGAGGCGCAUAGUAGUCCAUAUGCUAUGCAUCAUGGCAGAAACAAUUUAUACCGAGAUCUUCGUGAGCUAUACUGGUGGCCAGGGUUAAAACUCGAAGUUACUGAUUAUCGUAAGGAGAUUGAGUACUCUAUGGAGGAUUAUGUCUUUCUUAAAUUCUCACCAUGGAAGAAAAUUUUGAGGUUUGGGCGGAAGGGCAAGCUUAGCCCUAGGUUUAUUGGAUCUUAUCGAAUAGUUAAGGGUGUGGGACCGAUCUUUUAUCAACUUGAACUGCCUCCAGAGCUGGAUAGGAUUCAUGAUGUGUUUCACAUUUCAAUGCUAAGGUGGUAUCGUUCUAAUCCCUCGCACAUAGUGUCGGUCGAGGGAAUCGAGGUUAGGCCUAAUUUGACUAUCGAGGAAGAAUCAGUGCAAAUAUUGGAUUGUGACAUUAAAGUGCUAAGAAAUAAAUCUGUUCCACUAGUUAAAGUACUUUGGCAUAAUCAUAGUUCAGAGGAAGCCACGUGGGAGCCUGAAGAGGAGAUGCAGCAGCAAUACCCUCACCUUUUUUGA